UAGUGCCGACCAAACCUGUUAUCACAACCAUAAACAACCUCGCGGAGUCAGUACUUAACCACUGAGCCGCCAUAUGGAUUAAACAAUCAUGGAGAACCUUCUUAUUUCACGGUGUCAGGGACUCAUCAGCGGCAGGAAAAUUGAAAAUUUUGGGAAUAGCGUAUUUGACACGGACUACCCUUAUACCACAGAAUAUGCCACCAAUUACCCAUAACCAUCCGCCUCACACUUCGAGUUUAUAAAAGAGAAUGUCUCAUUACUAUGAUUACUGGGAAAGCUUUGUGAUCACCAAAGGAGUAAAAUAGUUAUAUAUCACCCAAAAUGCAUGGAACCAAACGAGGAUUAGUUGCACCACAGAACACGUUUUUAGAAAAUAUAAUUCGUAGAUCUAACGGACAACACAGCAGUUUUCUCCUAGCCAACGCUCAGAUUGUUGAUUACCCCAUUGUCUACUGCAAUGAAGGUUUCUGUAAACUGUCGGGCUACACCCGGGCGGAGGUUAUGCAGAAGAGCUGUAACUGUGCUUUCAUGCACGGUGAGCGGACAGACCCGGACACCGUUACCCAAAUCCAGACGGCUCUGGAAGAAUGGGAACAGAUCCAAGUGGAAAUACUGCUUUAUAAAAAGAACAGGGGGCAUGCACUGCUAUCAGGGACACCACUUUGGCUCAUGGAACACGUGGCACCUAUCAAAAAUGAAAAGGACCAAGUUGUAUUGUUUCUUUUGACAUUCAAGGACAUCACUGCUUUGAAACGACCCAUAUGCGAAGACGACGGAAAGGGGUUGAGUAAGUUUGCCAGACUUGCUCGGUCAGUUACAAGAAAUAAAUCUGUUGUACUGCAGUAUUCGAACCAGCUGCAAGCCCCUGCUACCACCUCGAAAAUUCCUCAAGACAACAACAGACCCUUUUCUUUGGCGCACAUAAUGAACUUUAAUGCUGACAUCCUACCUCAAUACCGCCAAGAAGCCCCCAAGACCCCACCACACAUCAUACUUCACUACUGUGCAUUCAAAGCCACGUGGGAUUGGAUUAUUUUAAUAUUGACGUUCUACACGGCCGUAAUGGUUCCUUAUAACGUGGCAUUUAGGAGUAAAACUAUGGACGGCGUGGGAUUGCUCGUGGUGGACAGUAUAGUGGAUGUGGUGUUUUUCGUUGAUAUCAUACUCAAUUUCCAUACAACAUUUGUUGGCCCUGGGGGAGAAAUAGUGUCCGAUCCAAAAAUAAUACGAAUGAACUAUUUGAAAAGCUGGUUUGUUAUAGAUCUCCUCUCCUGUCUCCCGUAUGAUGUCUUUAAUGCAUUCCAACACGUAGAUGAAAGCAUCAGCAGUAUAUUCAGUGCCUUAAAAGUGGUUCGCCUCCUUCGGUUGGGGCGGGUAGUUCGUAAAUUGGACCACUACUUAGAAUAUGGAGCAGCAGUCCUGGUAAUCUUGGUAUUCUGCUUUGUCCUGGUGGCCCACUGGUUCGCCUGUCUCUGGUACAGUAUAGGCAUGACGGAGGUCCAGAGUGGCCUGGCUUUCGGAUGGCUUCAGUUGUUGGCCAACAGAACCCAGCAGCCGUUCUAUCAGACUAACUCUACCGGUGAGUUUGAGGGAGGACCGAGCAAAGAUAUGAGCUACGUCACUGCCCUGUAUUUCACGCUGUCGUGCAUGACCAGUGUUGGAUUUGGCAAUGUAGCAGCAAACACUAUGCUGGAGAAAGGGUUUACCAUCCUCAUGAUGAUCGCUGGAUCAUUACUCUAUGCAACCAUUUUUGGAAAUGUCACCACCAUCUUUCAACAAAUCACUUCAUCUACAGCGCGCUAUCACGAGAUGCUGAAUAGCGUUCGAGAAUUUAUGAAACUCCAUGAUGUUCCUAAGGCUCUCGGAGAACGCGUAAUGGAUUACGUCGUAUCCACCUGGGCUGUAACAAAGGGCAUUGAUACAGCAAAGGUUUUAAACUACUGUCCGAAGGACAUGAAAGCUGAUAUCUGCGUCCAUCUCAACAGAAAUGUCUUCAACGAGCAUUCCGCUUUCCGUCUGGCAAGUGACGGCUGUCUACGUGCAUUGGCCGUACAUUUUAGUAUGCAGCACAGCGCCCCGGGGGAUACAAUCUACCACCAGGGGGAGUCUUUGGACCAACUCUGCUUUAUUGUCAGUGGUUCCUUAGAGGUUAUUCAGGACGAUGAAGUGGUUGCUAUUUUGAGUAAAGGUGAUGUUUUUGGAGAUUUCUUUUGGAGAGAACAUACAGUUGGGCAGUCUGCUGCUAACGUUAGAAGCCUGACGUAUUGUGACAUUCAUAUCAUAAAGAGAGAGCCAUUGUUGGAGGUUCUCGACUUCUACCAAAACUUUGCCUCUUCGUUUGCAAGAAACCUGACGCUGACGUACAACCUGAGACACAGACUUAUAUUUCGCAAAGUAGUCGACGUCAAACGAGAAAAAGAACUAGAACAAAUGAGAAAAAACGACCCCUCCUUUGACAUAUCGUCCAAUCAUCCAGUUCGAAAAUUAAUCUCGAAGUUCCGAAAAAUCGGGGACAAACACCCCCAUGGCGACGGAGAACAAGGGAAUAACAGCCCCAGAGGGCAGUCUAGUCGGCCUGGGAGCGAAGCAAAAAUGAUCACGGUCACAGAAAGCCCAGUCCCUCCUGUGCCUAAGGUAUCAAAAUGGCAACGAAUGUUGAACGGUGACGCAGGUAAAACGUCCACUCCACCUGUCCAUGACGACCCCCCUCCGCCACCCCCACCUAAACCUUCAGUCCCGAAAAAGGCACCGCGAUUUGCCAUGUUUAAUUCCAAUAAACAUCACGAGGGUGGAGACGAGGGAAAAUCGCUAGUGAGUCUUAAAAAAUCGGAUUCAAGAGAUAGUGGGAUCCUACAAAGCACAAGUGACCAAAAACUGAAUAAGUUUGAAAACGAUGAGUCCACCCCCCACAGCUCUGGGAGAAGCAGUCGGGAGGGCCACGGGCCGCCGUUACACGGCUUAUCUCCGUCUGAACAGCAGCUUAUUGGAUCACUUUAUGACAUAAAAUUAGAGAUCAAAGACGAAAUAUCGGCUUUAAAUAGACGGAUGACUAGGAUCGAUGAACAAAUAGGAGAUAUUUUAAGAAUGUUUUCGAGGGACGUGACCCCUUCAUCAAACAGGACGAGUGUAUUAAGUUCGUGUGGCAGUUCGAAUAAAAUAAGCGAAGAACCGUUAUCCGAGGUGGAGUCUCCAAAUCACGCGCUGGUUUCUUCAAAAUCAUCAUCAGACUACACGCCACCUACAGCCAACACGUCGUCAGAACAGCCAAUGCCAUCCACUGCCUUGGGGCCGCCCAAGGGAGUUAAACCUAAAACACAAGGUCAAAAAGGACCUGUCCCGUUAAGGAAACCUGCCACGGGGGCCAUAAAGUCCUCCCGAAAUUACACGAAUGCAGGUUAUAGUAGUUCGUCAGGUGACCAGGAGAACCAUUCAGCUGUUAGUGAUUCUAGUGAGCCGGGCCAUGCAGACGGCGGUAGACACGCCCACAAACAGCGAAAGACAUCUGGGAAGAAGAACGAAGUUCACCCACAGGUCUUCCCAGACGACGAAGAUCAGAAACCGAUAAAAGAUCGAGAUUUAGACAUUCUUUGACCAUGAUAGAAUCAGUAGUGUUGGGCACGAUCUGAUGGGGUUUUUUUUUUUCGUAGAAGGGGUCGAUAUUUAAAGACUUGGCAAGGGAUGCCCGUUUUGUUUUGAAUUCGCUAGUCAUUGGUCAAAAGGCCGUAUGAAUGGUGCAAGCAAGAUAAACUGUGAUUUGGACUUCUAACGAGGGGUGGGGAAAGAACGCUAUCUUUUCUGUACGUAUGCAAACGAUUCUGUGAUAUAUGACUCGGACGGAGGAAAAAAAUCACAGCACAUUCAAGAAAAUGAGGUAUGCAUACGGUGGACAGAUGCUUGGCCCACCUCGAUUAUUUCAUUCACUACAUAUGAGUCUAUGUGUAUAUGGAUACACAGGAACAGCUGCGUAUGUUCCUGUGUGAACGCAGACUGAAGAUGGCGUUAUAUAGCAAAAUUCUACCAUUUUUUGAAAGAGCCCAUUGUUUUGUCGAUUUUCUGUCUCUAUUUUAAUCUAACAUCAUACAAACAUCAUUUUAACAUUUAAACAUUCUUGUGUCUUGUCUUUGAAGCUCACGUUAUUUACAUCUAUAUAGGUUUAUUAAAUUAGCAUCGGAGGUUGCAUAUUUUAUUCUAUAAAUUCUUUUAGUUUGAUAUUUUAUCGUCGCCUGCGAAAUUUACCCUUUUGGCCGAAGGCGAAUCUAUGUGAUAAAUGUUUCAAAUUGGAUCUGAAGGUAAGUGGUGACGUUCGUUUUUUUUUCAAUGAAAAUUAGCAUUGUAAUAAGUGCGCAUUUUAUUCCUUUUUUUUUUUUGAUCACUAACACACAACUUUUUUUAUUGAAUCCGUUUAAUUCAUUUUCGUGAUGAUGCAUUUCAUUACUAUUUUAUUAGAAAAUCAUUAUUCUCAGUCUGAUCUUUGAAUUUUUUCAUUGUGUUUAUCUUCGAUUUCAUGUGAAGUGUCAAACAUCGAUUUCUAGUAACACCUACCCAUAGAGCAAACACAUUUAUCUUUUUGUGGGUUUAGAGGACGCUGUUUUGUAAUUACCAUGCAACGGCCUACUCUCGGCAUGCAAAGUGCUGAAUUGUUAUUAUUCUAGAAAGUAGCUAUAUUUUUGCUUACAACAAACAACAUAGUUCUUAAAGGUACUAUUGCCUGUUAUCUUCAAUUCUGCGAUGUAACAAAGAUUGAUAUACAGUUCAAUACUCAGAGCUUACGUUUAUUGAAAGUUGAUCGUUUCUAGAGUUUAAAAGAGUAUAGCUUCAAAGAGUAACUAUAAAAUGUUCUAACAUUUCUUUUAUAUACACACGUUUAGUGUUUUGAAAUAUAAUUUUUGUUUACAAUAAACAACUGUA